AUGGAUGAUAUAUCCGACGUUGAAGAAUUUCAAUUUGACGAAGUAAACCCUGAAUUCGAACAGGAAUCUGAAACAGAGUCGUUGGUAGAGGAAUCAAUUGAUGACGAAGAAAUUCCAGAGAUAGCAUGUUUUACAUCCCGGUUUCGCAUAAAAACUAUAAUUCAUUCCAACCUACCUAUCGAAUAUCCAGCUACUUCACCAGAAGGAGUUGCAACGAUAUUCCAUAUUACAGAUUGGGCUGAUCCAAGUCACGCAUGGAAAAAUGUACAAUAUUCUAUGGGUGGUGGUGGAAUUCAUUUGAUUAAAGAAUCUCCAUAUUUUGGCAAUGUUCAAGUAAAUAAGGAAGAACGUGAUUGUAUGGGAAUCAAAGUUUGUCAAUUUACUGAUCCUUCGCUUACAAGUAUUGAGCACAAUGAGGUUGAUAUUGAAUCAUCGUUAUGGAAAAACAUUACUGAAAAUCGCAAUACUGAUUUUAAAAAAACAAGUACUUACAUUACUUAUUUAGCUGCUAAGGGUACAUCUUGCAAAUUCAAAUAUAAUAAUGAAAUUGCUUGUUCUGGAAAUCCGGUUUUAUGUAAAUCACGUAUUUCUCAAGAUCUACCGAAUGUAUAUCAAUGGUUUAUUGGCUGUUCAAUGUAUCGUGUUGGAGAUAAAUGGCACCGUUAUAUUAAAGUUGAUAGUGAAAAA